AUGUUGAUGGUCUUUGCUUCUGUUGAAGAGGACGCUUCGUUCAACUUUUCUCUGCAACUUCUUCAUGCUGACUUGCCAGUCAGAUGUCCUGGCUUUUACAUCUCGAACAUCACAAUGAGCAGAAACAACCCAGCAGGACUUGCGGGAGGGCUUGGGGAAGAUGAAAAACUCAGUGUGGUCUUGGUGAUAUUCAUCGCCCUCUCUUGCUACAAUAUCAUUGAGCUCGUCAUUCUGGUGCUCUCGACCUUUCGCCGUUGGAAGGGACUAUACUUCUAUAGUCUUCUCAUUUCUGGUGUCGUUGGCGUUGUGCCAUACUCGCUCGGCUUUCUCCUGAAAUUCUUCGAGAAGGCAGCCCCUGCGGUAUCCGUCACUAUCCUCACUGUCGGCUGGUGGACGAUGGUGACGGGACAAGCCUUCGUCCUCUAUUCCCGGCUGCAUCUUGUUCUUCGAGAUGAACGUACCCUCCGCCGUGUCUUAUACAUGAUCAUCGCCAAUGUUUUCUUGCUUCACGUCCCCACGACCGUUCUGACGUAUGGCACCAAUGUCGUCCACCAAACCGACCGAAGCAGGCUAUCCAAUCCCAGCAAUUCAACUGUGCGAAACAUUACCGAAGAAAACCCCUUCUUGGAGGCGUAUAAUAUCAUGGAGAAAAUCCAAAUGACCGGGUUCACCGUCCAAGAAGUCAUAAUUUCGGCAUUAUACGUCUGGGAGACAACAAAGAUGCUGCAACUCGGGUCUAGUCGCGAGAAUCGGAGAAUCAUGCAUCAGCUUGUGGGAAUCAACGUCAUGAUCGUCAUCAUGGACUUGGUUUUGCUCGGGCUAGAGUAUGCCAGCUAUUAUGCCGUCCAGAUCUGCCUCAAAGGUGUGAUCUACAGCGUGAAGCUGAAGCUGGAAUUCGCGGUUCUCGGAAAGCUUGUCGAUGUGGUGCACGGCAACAAACGGCCUGGCUUGGUGGGGAGUCCUAUACAUUUGGCGUCGCUACAGGCCUCCAAUCACCCUGGUGUGUCGUCAGCGGUCCACGGAGGCCUGAGCUUCUGCCGCGGCUCGGUCGUCAAUUCAGCCGCGAGAAAUCACCAGACUAACCAUUCAACCGUCGAUGUACCAGAGGAUAAGAUAUUGGCGAUGACGGAAGUUUCGACGUGGGUCGAGCACCACCCGCGGGGAAAUGGCAAUGCCGUUUGA